UGGGAGAAAGUUUGUUUAUGAAAAAUUCAUCGAUUUUACCUCGAACUUUUUUAUAGUUCAGUAUUUUACAGAUUUUACAUUAAAAUCUCUAUUGUAUCCUAGAAUGAAUGAUCUUCCACUGCAAGAUGACCGACGCCUUUGGAUCGGAAACCUGGACAGCCGUGUUACCGAGUAUCAACUACUGAAAAUUGCGCAAAAAUGCGGUAAAAUUGAAAAGUUCGAUAUGCUGUUCCACCGCUCCGGACCGAUGGCCGGAUACCCUCGGGGCUAUGCCUUCGUGACCUAUGAAAAGCACAAGGAUUCGGAAACGGCCCUGGAAGCCCUAAAUGGGAAGCUAGUGGGGGACAAACACAUGGUAGUCCGAUGGGCUAAAAACGUCAAUCGGGACGAAAUGGAACGCACAAAACCGAAGCUGCAGAUUCCGGCCCUGGCUGGAGGUUCCAAAGCAGGCCCAAGUGGUCCAAUGAGCCAACAAACCAAAAUCCAGGCCCUGGAGGCGAAGCUGAAAAUGAUGGAAAGCAGAACGGACGAUCUGGUCAUCAACAAAAACAUAUCUGGGGAACGGCCCAUCAUCGAACGAUACCAGUACAACAAGGGCGAUAAUCAACAAAACCAGCAGUACCCGCACAGGGAUUCUUCCAAGAUUAAACGGGGCAUGAAUCGGGGCGGCAGAAGUGGACCCUACAAAUCAGGCCGAUUCAAGUAAGCUUUUAACCAAUUCUUUGUUGUACAAACCUCAACGUUUCACGGAGAUUUCUUUCCCAUCCUGAUGUAUCUCAAAAACCAUACCGUAAGUUAUUAGGCAGUCAAUGCUCGCUUUUUAAUACCAACUACAUCUAGGUUUGAUAAUAUUGUGACAAAUUAGAAUAUUGUACCAUCUAAA